UCCGCCAUCUUGUGAAAAUUAUUCAAUAUACGACAUUCGACAUUCUGCUUCGCAAUCUGGGCAUAUGCGCAUAGCGUUUUACAACUACUCGAUUUGUCGAAAAUUAAUGUAUUAAAAAUAACUAAUUGUUACGUUGAAUACAUUUAUUAUUCACAUAUUGAUCAUAUUGUAGUUGUUACUUAUUCUUUCGUCGUCGUCUUUUUUGAGCAGCGGGCGUUGGACAUGAGAGAAAAUCGCAACAACCGCUGACGCGUUCGAGCUUCGAAGACUUGACGAACCGACGGCUCAUCAUCCGAUCGCCGUGUCGGCGUGUAAUCGUAUUCCGUGGUGGAAGUAUCGAAACUUUUAAUCUGGACAAAACAAAAUCUACAAUGACUGCCAAGGAAAAAGAAGUAGCAGAAGAAUAUUUUAAUGCCUUGGCCGACCUCAACAUCAAUAGCAAGCCUUUGAUUAACAUGUUGACAAUGCUGGCCGAAGAGAACUCAGCUUAUGCGCCAAUCAUUGUACAGUGUAUUGAAAGACAACUGCAUAAGGUGCAAGCCGACAGCAAGUUACCAGUGCUUUACUUAAUUGACUCAGUCAUGAAAAACAUUGGACAGCCAUAUACACCACUUUUCGUUCAAAAUAUUGAGAAACUUUUUGCUAGCACUUUCAUUAAAGUUGAUGAAAAAACUAGAGGAAAUAUGUAUAAAUUACGUUCUACGUGGAAUGAAGUUGUAACACCUACAAAACUUCAUGCUCUCGAUGUAAUGAUUCAUUCAAUUGAUAAAAAUUGGCCGUUGAGUGCUGCUCCACCAAACAUUCAUGUUAAUCCAAAAUUUUUAAAUAAUGUUAAUCAUACUGAAACGCCAAAACCUGUACAACCUAUUAUACACAAUGAUAUAGAUGAGGUAUCAUUACGGGAAAAGUUCAUUAAAAAACAAAAGGAGCUACUUGAGCUACAGCAAAAAAAAUUGGAACUAGAAUUAUUGCAAACCAAAAAUCAAAUUGAAAUUCAAAAAAAAAGAUCAAUGAACAAGAUAAAUCUAUCAAAAAAUGCUUUUAACGCAAGUGCAUCAUCUUCGACAGUGAGUAUUUCACCUUCAAAUGAAGAAAUAUAUGCAAAAAUUCAGUCAUCUGAAAAUCCUCGAAGAGUAACUGAGAAUCCCGUUAAAAUUAUGGACGUAUCUUCUAUUGGUUCUGAGUCACCUUCAAUGCCAAUUAAAGUUAUUGUUUCACCUUCUAAAAAAUUCCAACCAACAUCUUUGCCUUCAGUACAACAAUCAUUUAAAAAUCCUCCACAACCAUUUGUACCGCAACAACAAAGUACAGAAAUGGUUGUUUCCAGUCCAAUAUACAAUAUCAACCAACCAAUUGCUAAAAUCAACCCUGUCAGUACACAAUUAUUACAAACUCUAAACCGCGAUCCACGCUUAAGAAAAGUUGAAACUGCUGUAAAGCCAUCGCCAUCACUAACUAAUGAUGUUAAACAACCAAUUAUUAAAAAUAAAGAUGAUAAAAAACUUGAUAAACCCAAAAGAGACAAUAGUAAACACCGUGAAUCAAAAAGAAAAGAAAGAAGUCCAAGCUGUCCACCUUCUAAAAAAGAACUAUCAAGAAAGCCACAUAAAAAAGCUGACCGCAAAGAAAGAAGCAUAAAAGAUGAAAAAUAUCACAAAAGAAGAGGAAAAAAAAAUAUUAAAGAACUGGACUUAAAGAAAAAGAAUGUAAUAUUAUCAAAUAUAAAAGCUGAAGAACAGGAUGAAGCAGUGACUACAAAAUGUGCAAUACUGCCUAAGAUUGAAGAUAAAUUGUUCAAAGAGGAACCUAAAAAUGAUAUAAUUCUUCCUAGUCAUGAAGCUAUUGACAUAAAUGUUUCUAAAGAAAAAGACUUAAUUACUGGAGUAGUGAAUGAAGCUGAUAUCAAAAGUUCUGAAAAUACCUCUGAACUAGAAAAAACUGAUUCUCUAGAAGAUUCUGAUUCUUUAAAACGUCUUCGUAUCUAUAUGCAAACAAUGAAAAAAUCCCCUGAUCCAUCAACUGCUGCUACAACACCAUUAGAAAUGAAAAAUGACUCAGACACUCAUGCUGUAAAAUCCAAUCAAAGUAUUCUUGCAGACAUUAUUAUCAAACAACAAAAUGACAUUGACUUAAGAAUUAAAGUCCCGACUGUGAAGAGGACCUCCGAUUCAAUCAAAACUGAUGAUAUUGAACCUGCAGCAAAAAAGAGCAAAUCAGAAAUCAUUGAUGAACUCUUUGGUGCCGAAGAUGUAGAUUUACGUACAUUAUCUGCUCCGCCUAUUGUACCUACACCACCACCUCCACCACAAAUAUCUGAAACAUCGAAUACUGAGAUUGGUAAAUCUUGGGCAAAAUAUAAGGAAAUAAAACCAGAUACAUUUAAAACACCAUACAAGUCUCCUGCCAAAAAAAUUCCUUGUGAAUUAAAUGAAACAUUAGUUGACAACAAUGAUACAAUGGAUGUCGAUAUGAGAGCUAAACCAACACAAAACAAUAAAAGUCACAUUCUUAGACAAGCUGAAGAAGCUUUAAAUGCAGGAAGCAUAUCUUUUGAUGAAUAUAAAAAAAUAAUGUGUCAGGUAAUUGAAAUGUCUGAAGUGGAAAAAUUAGAAGAAGUCAAUAAUACAGAAGAUACUAAUUCUAAGUUAAAGGAAUUUACUAUUCCGAAAAUUGCUUUACCGGUAAAUGGAAAUAGUAGUACUGAUUUAAAAUCGACCUUAGUAGAAUCUGUAACUAUUGUUGAAAAACCUGUUGAUGAAAAUAGUCCUGGGAUUAGCUCUUGGAACAUUGUUAACAAAAAACCUAGUGAUGUCAGUGGAAGUGAUAGCGAUGGUUCUUCAAAAAGUUGUUCUACUGGUUCUGAAGAAUCAAAAAGAAUUAAUAAGAAAUCAGAUUCUGAGGAUAGAGCUGUAUAUAAAAGGCGUAAAACAACAUUUAAACGUAAUGAAAAAGAAAAUUCUAAAACUCGUACUUGGAGAAAUAAUAAAAGUUGGAAUUCAAGACAAGAAAAUGGGUCUAGAUUCUCUCAAAAUAGAAUUGAACCUUGGUCUAGAGGACCUCGUCCAAAUUAUUCUCAUUCUACAAGAUCUCUUGUUCCGCCACCGAUGUAUGAAGUGCCAAGACCAACUGCUCCAUUUGCAUCUUCUUCUCCCGAUUGGACAGUUCCUGUUAUUCCUCCUUCAGAUCCUCUAAUAUUGGAUAUGAUUGCUCAUGAUGCUACUAAAACUAUCAAUAUUGAUGGCGUAUCAAGAGAAGUACGAUUUUAUGGUCCAACAGCAAUUACUUUUGUAUCAUGGGACGAUCCUAGAGAGAUAUACUUUCAAGGACCUCCAAAAAAUAUUAUAUUUGAUGAUCUUUUUCCAGUCUUGUGUCAUUUCAAUAGUCCUGAUAGAGAAUUUUUAUUGGAUGGUCAACCUCAUAGAGUGCGGUUAGGUGCACCAACUCGAGAACUUUAUUUAGAUGGCAAUUUCUACGAAUGUUUUUUUGGUGGCUCUCCAAUAUUUACAGACCUUGGUGGUGUUAAAAGAUCUAUUAAACUUGAAGGACCUCCUCCUUCAGUUAAUAUAGGAAACACUAAGCGACAAGAUUUAGUUGCUGGGCGUAUCGCUAUUAUUAUUGAUAACUCUUACACCGUACCUGUCUAUUUAGAUGCUAAACCUCAGCGUAUUGAUGUGGGAAACACAGCACUUAUUUUUCGUUUUAUUGAUGGUUUAAUGAGAGCUAUGGUUAAUGAUCAACCGUUCAAAGUCAACUAUAAUGGACCUCCACAAGCGAUUGUUGUAAGAGGCAAUAAGCAUUACUUAAGAUUUACAGGAUUACCACCAAAUAUUAGACCUGGUUAUGCUGCUAUUUCUCAAAUGAUGGGUGUUGUAUUAACUGAAGAUUCUUCUGCCGAAUCUUUACCACCAAUUCCUGCUCCACCUAUGCCACCAAAUUUCACUGGUUUUGAAAUGACUACAAUAACUCCAAAUGAUGAUAUUAACCAACUUCCUAUACAACCAUUCUCUUCUUCUUAUUCUUUAGCACCAAACUCAGCAUCAGUACCUCUACUUCCUAAUGUUGCUCAACAAUUAGAACCUGUUACAAGUUCUUAUGUACCACCUACAGUGUCUGCUCCUAUAAUACCACCUCCUGUCUUACCUAGUGAUAUGGAUAUAAAUGAGUUAUUUAAGAAGCUAGUCGACAGUGGAAUUGUACCAAAAGACAAGCCAAAAGAAGUUGUUCAAUCAAAACUAAAAAAGAAAGAGAAGGAGGCUGAAAAUUUAACCAUAAAACCUGUUGAUUUUUCAGAUCCUUUAUCAUUAAAACAAAAACAACCAGGAUUGAUUCACAAUUUAUACACAGGAAUCCAGUGCAGUUCUUGUGGAAUUCGUUUCACUGCAGAGUUUACCAUUAAGUAUAGUAGUCAUUUAGAUUGGCAUUUUAGACAAAAUAGGCGUGAAAAAAUGGCAAGCAAAACUGUCCAAUCACGGAAAUGGUAUUAUGAUACUAGUGAUUGGUGUAAAUAUGAAGAACAAGAAGAUGAAACUACUAGAGCUGCUAGCUGGUUUGAUAUACAAGCAGAACAAGGUGCUAAAGAAGAUGAAAAGUUGGAAGAAGAGAAUGUCCCUUGUGUUCCAGCUGGUGAAAAUAGUGAAUUGGCUGCCUGUUAUUUGUGUCAUGAUCAGUUUGAACAAUUUUAUAACGAAAAAGAUGAAGAAUGGCAAUUGAAAAACUGUGUGGAAAAGGAUAAACGACUUUAUCAUCCAAUGUGCUAUGAUGAUAUGAUUAAAACUCGAGAGGAAAAAAUUCGUAAGAGAAAUCGAGCUAUUGAAGAAGCUAAACAAUUAGAAAGCCAAAAACUUGAAAUUAAAGAUGAACAACAACUGCAAUUGGCAGAAGAUAUAAAAAUUAAAGAUGAAGAAAAUGAAGAAUUAAAAUUGAAAAGGGAAGAAAAACUGAUAACUGAGAUAGAUCCAAUAAUAAAAAGAGAAAUAUUGUUGGAAAAAGAACCAAUUAGAAAUCAAGAAAUAGGUACACAAUUAGAAACGGUCACAGAAAAAGAAGUAGUUCCACUUAAAGAAACUAUUAUAAAAACAGAAACAACAGCUAUGGAAACAGAAACAUUUAAAGAAACAGAAACAAUUAAGGAAACGGAAGAAACAAUUAAGAAAACAAACAAGGAUACAGAAACAAGCAGCAUGGAAACUGAAACUGAAUUAAUUACCGAAACUGAUCCAAUUAAACUAAAAGAAAGUGAAGAAGAAAUUGCAGUUGAAAAUGUAAUCCAAACUGAACCGGUUUCUCAAGAACCAUCGACUGAAGAAAAUGUGAAUACAAAGAAUUAUGAAGAUUUGGAAAUUCCUGAUACCAUGGAAAUUAUUCAAGUGACCGAAGUUUUAUCACCUAAAUUAAUAGAUGAACCUAUUAUUGAGAAUGUUAACAGUUCAUCAUCCCCCCCAAUCACUCAAGAAAUUGUAUCUGAAGAAAUUAAACCUAAAUCUCCAUCUCCUGUAUCUACAAUGACAUGUUCUAUUGAUGGAAAUACUGACACUGAAUGGAAUGUUCCAGUUGCUCCUGCAAUGGGGACAAUCAAGAUAAACAUAAGUCAAAAAAUCACACCUGUUGUAAAACCAAUUGUCCUCACUGAAAACACACCCAUUGAACCACAGUCACCACAAGAUUUCACUCAAACGUUUGGGGAAAUCGAUCCUGAUCAGCCUCCACCACCAGGGCUUGAGAUGGAAACUGUAGUGGUUCCUAAAGUACAAAGGGAUAUGAAACCUAGACUGAUGCACAACGCAAAAAAACUUAAGGAAUAUCCAAUAGUUAAUAAAGGCAAAGAAAUGUCUGGAUUAUGUUCAAUUAUGUAAAAAAAUAUAUGGUCUAUGUUGUGAAUAACCUACAAAAUUAUAAUAUUUUAAAUGUAUAUAAUAUAUACCUGUUUAAAUUUUGUAAAUGUAUGUGCUUAAA